AUGAGCGCUGUAGGUAGAGAAAAAUUCACACACUGUAUCAUCGUCUUUGCCCUUGUAAUCAGCCAAACAGUCUUGGCUUGUUCGCCACGCCCACCCAAUGUCGCGCCUAUAUUUCGCCGAAACAAUAAGAAUACUCAACCAAGUGUUGCACUGAACGAACGCCACAAAUGGACGACGAACGAUUGGCUGGAGCACCACAAUUACAGCUACGAACGCCACAAUGUCACCACCAGCGACGGCUAUCAGCUGCAGCUGCAACGUCUGCCCCGUCACGGGGCACAGCCGGUGCUGUUGUUGCAUGGACUGCUCUCCUCCUCACUGGCCUGGGUGUGCCUGGGUCCGGACAAGAGUUUAGCCUUCCAGCUGCACCAGCGACAAUACGAUGUGUGGUUGGCGAAUCUGAGGGGCUCUACACCCUAUGCCCGACGUCACGUGGAGUUCACCGAUGUCAUGUCUGAGUUUUGGCGUUACAGCUUUCACGAGCAUGGUGCAUACGAUUUGGCAGCUAUAAUUGACCAUAUUGGAAAGGUAACAGCAGCCCCCAAUCAUGAAGUAGGGGAGAGACCUGAAAAAGCAGCCCAGCCUGGAACAGAGCGCGAGGAAAUAGAUGAAGAUGCGGAAUUGGGCGAGGAGGAACCAGAGAUUCCUACCAACGAGGAUGGAAAAGUCGGGGAAGAAGAACGAGAAGAAGUUGAUGCAAAUGACCAGGAAGAACAAGAAGAAACGGAACAAGGCAAGGACUCCAAAAGCGGAGAGGAAGCAGAUCAAAACGAUCAACACGAUCAAAGAGAACAAGAACCAAAGCAUCCAGACUCAGACAAAACAAGCAAGGAAGUGACAGAAAAACGUAACAAAGACGGUGAACAACGGGAAAAAACUGAUGAAAAGGAAAAUGCCCAGGAAGAACCAGAUGAGCUCGAGCAGAACAAAAGCAAUGAAGAAGAUCUGCCAAAGGAAGAACCGGAUUUAAGAGAAUACGAUGAGUUAAGGCAGAGGCAAGAGGAGCACUCUUUAUUAGUCGCAAAGCAACAUCAGCACCAACUACAGAAGCCGAAUCAGAGGGCAAGGCAGCGAUUGCAAAAGCAAAAGCGCAGACACCAACAGGGACAUCAUCAUGGGCACCCACAGAAACAACAGCACCAACAGCUCCAACCGAAACGAGAGCCACCUCCAGUAGUGCUAAUUGGACACUCACAAGCCUUCAAUGCGUUUCUGGUGCUGUGUGCGUUGCAGCCCCGCUAUAAUCAACGCAUAUUGCUGAUGCAGGCAUUAGCCCCAUUAGCACGUUUGCGUCACUACGCCCGCUUCGAUAACAGCCAGGUGCUACGCGUGAUGAAGUUCAUUAAGCAACGUCAAAAAGCUAACAAAUACGAACUCUUUCCAGUCGGUGAGCUGCGCAAAUAUUGUUUCCAGAGUGGCGCUAAGAAACAAGAUCUUUGCGAGCACUACGCAAAACAUUUGAUAGGCAGCGCGCUUAACAACAACAAGCUACUAGAACCUUUUAAAUUCGAGUACUUGCUACAAGGCGGAUCGGCACGUGAACUACAACAUUUGCAGCAAAUCUGGAAGUCGGGGGACUUUAUCGCCUACGAUUAUGGACACAUAGACAAUCUGCAGAUCUAUCAUAGUGUGGAGGCGCCGGGCUAUAAUCUUAGCAAGGUCACGGUGCCGCUGAUCUUGUACUUUGGGGAGACCGAUGCUAUUGCCACGCCCGAGGGCGUACACAGCAUAUAUGCCAAGAUGGUACAAUCUGUGCGCAGUGUGCGACGCAUUGCAGCCAACAAGUUCAAUCAUUUGGAUUUUGUGCUGGCCAACGAUGUUAAAAACUUGGUUAACGAUAAGUUAAUUGAGUUAAUGGAAAAAUUUCUCGAGGGCAAGCUGCCAUACAUAAUAGAGUGA